AUGCUCGGUAUGUCGAAGCAGGCUGAGCUUGGUUCAGACCGAAAUGGGCCCACUGCGUGCGGCGCAGCCUCACUUCGACGUCAACCUCUUCGCAAAGCUCCCGCCAUUUUUGCACUCUUCUCAGCUUCAAACGCAACACAGUCGGUGCGAAAGAGGAUUCGAUCUCUUGCCAUUGCGAGUAACAUGUUACCGAGAACAGCAGUACAACUCGCGGAUCGCUAUGGAUCGUCGAGAUCGAGAGAGUCGUUGGAAACGAACAUUGAAACGUGGCAGGUGGCGAAUGGUGCACAGUCGCACUGCAUCAUCGAUAGUAGCAUUGACCCGACCAAGAUCGAAGAAGCUUAG